AGUGGGCAAGUUUAAUGUACGCGUCUAUGGUGUAGCUUAAAGCUUUCCAUCGUUUGAUGUGGUCGCAAAAAGGGGAACUCCAUACAGGCGUCCGGCUGUCAUCGGCUGCAUCUGAAUGCUUGCGGACGAUGUGACCCGUGUGUGGAGCAUAUUACUCCGUAGUGCUGUGAAACCAGACCCACCCAGCUCGGGUACCGCGACUUGGAGCAUCCGCGUGCCCGUGUAAAUAGUGCAGUUCGCGUGCCGAACUUGCACGGAUCUCUGUCACAGUGCCCGCGUCCCAAUCAACUGCCAACAUACUACCCUAGCAGUGGCAGAAUCCAUCAGCAUCAGUGGGCGAACACGCUUCAACCGAUCAGCCACCAAUCAACCGAUCAAACCGACACGAUAUUGUUUUCCUGAGCAUUUUUUUUUUAACUUCCGCCCUUGUACGCCACCUGUGCCAUGGCUCAAGUCGACGAAAACGGCUGUGCGGGAGCGGCAUCGGAUGGACAACCACGGAUCGACAGUUCACCUCCCAACUUGGGGGAACCAUUCGAUGGAACGUACCCGCUGCGGAUUAAGGUUAUUGCUGGGCUGCAGCUGGCAAAGAAGGAUAUUUUUGGCGCCAGUGACCCGUACGUGCGCAUUGACGUAAACCAGAUCAACGGCGACGCAACCGUCCUGUCCAAGUUCACCAAAACGAAGAAGCGGACGCUCAAUCCGAAAUGGAACGAGGAAUUUAUCCUGCGCGUGAAACCAACCGAGCACAAGCUGGUAUUGCAGGUGUUCGACGAGAACCGUCUAACGCGGGAUGAUUUUCUUGGCAUGGUCGAGAUAUCGCUCGAACAGUUGCCAAAGGAACGGCCCGGCCAUGGAAUUCCGGCCCAGAAUUAUCCACUGCGACCGCGCAGGUCAGUUCGCGCUCGCUCAAACGUACGGGGUGAUCUACAACUCUACCAUGCGUUUAUGGUCGAUCAGUACCCGAACGAGACAGACUGGGAGAUGAUUGAAUCGAACCCGGCCCCAACGGUCACCAGCACGACACGUACCUCGACCAGCAAUGGUACCACCGGCGAGUUGCCGCAGGGCUGGGAAGAACGCCAGGAUGCGAAUGGGCGCACUUACUAUGUCAAUCACGUUGCCCGAUCCACCCAGUGGGAAAGACCCACGGCAGUGCCUAUGGAAACAAUUGCGGAAAGCGAUAUGGAUGUAGCAUUCCAGCGUCGCGUGCAUAUUAGUGUAGACGACAGUGCAACGGACGGCGAAAAUGGUGGUGUGCAGCUACGUUCGGCUGCACAUAUGAGCGAAGGUGGCCGCAGGUCUUCGAGCCGUUCGUCAAUUGGUAGCGAUAAUAGUUUGCGCGCACAGCAGCAGCGCAUCGAUGCAGCGGAAGAGGAAAGCAUGGGUGGUACCAGCGGUGCGGUAGUACGAAGCGGUAGCAGUAAUAGCAACAGCAGCAAUGCGAGCGUUAGCAGUAACAUCAACGGUGAUCGACGUCCUUCUACCAGUACCGGGAACAAUAACAACAACGGUGCCAGCACGUUCGGGACAGCCGCGCAGGCGAACCAUGGUAGCAACACCAUCAACAACAACGACACCAGCGACGAUCGAUCGUCGACGCGAUCGUCGUCGACGUCCAACGAUAACGAUUCCACCGGCAGCAGCCCAUCGGGUGGUGGUGGCAGCUCGACAAUGCUACCGACCGGCUGGUCGAUGCAGCUCGCGCCGAACGGCCGUGUGUUCUUUAUCGAUCACAACGAGCGCAAAACGUCCUGGGUCGAUCCGCGGACGGGUCGUGCUAGUCCGAUGCCGACCAGCCAGGGUGCUACCGCGCUGAGCGAUGUUCGGCGUCCGGAGGAUGGGCUUGCACCCUUACCGGAGGGCUGGGAAGAACGGGUCCACAGCGAUGGUCGGAUUUUCUUCAUCGAUCACAACACCAGGACUACACAGUGGGAAGAUCCACGACUGUCUAUUCCGACGAUCGCUGGACAGGCGGUUCCUUACUCGCGCGACUAUAAGCGAAAGUACGAGUACCUAAAAACGCAGCUGAGAAAACCGCAAAACGUACCGAACAAGAUCGAAAUUAAGGUGCGCCGAGCGUCCAUCAUGGAGGAUUCCUACCGGAUUAUUAACUCCGUCACACGGUUGGACCUGCUGAAGACGAAGCUGUGGAUAGAGUUUGAGGGUGAAGCUGGACUGGAUUACGGUGGUUUGGCUCGCGAGUGGUUCUAUCUGCUUUCGAAGGAAAUGUUUAACCCGUACUAUGGACUGUUCGAGUACUCGGCUAUGGAUAACUACACGCUUCAGAUAAACCCCUAUAGUGAGCUCUGUAACGAGGAUCAUUUGCUGUACUUUAGAUUUAUUGGGCGCAUCGCCGGUAUGGCCGUGUACCACGGUAAGCUGCUCGAUGCGUUCUUCAUUCGGCCGUUCUACAAAAUGAUGCUACAAAAACCGAUCGAUCUGAAAGACAUGGAGGCGGUUGAUACGGAGUACUAUAACUCGCUCGUAUGGAUCAAGGAAAACGAUCCGAGCGAGCUGAUGUUGACGUUCUGCGUGGACGAGGAAACGUUCGGGCAGACGACGCAACACGAGCUGCUGCCGAACGGGGCAGAUAUUGACGUGACCAACGAGAACAAGGACGAGUACAUUCGACUCGUCAUACAGUGGAGGUUCGUGUCACGCGUCCAAGUACAGAUGCAAGCGUUCUUGGACGGGUUCGGUUCGCUGGUGCCGCUCAACCUGCUAAAAAUCUUCGACGAACAUGAGUUGGAGCUGUUAAUGUGCGGCAUCCAGAAUAUUGAUUUGCGCGAUUGGAAGCGCAACACACUGUACAAGGGUGACUACUAUCCGAACCAUGUCGUUAUUCAGUGGUUCUGGCGUGCCGUAUUGUCCUUCUCGAAUGAGAUGCGUGCGCGGUUGCUGCAGUUUGUAACCGGCACUUCACGCGUCCCGAUGAACGGUUUCAAGGAGCUGUACGGGUCGAACGGUCCGCAGAUGUUUACCAUCGAGAAAUGGGGCACGCCAGAAAAUUAUCCGCGGGCACACACCUGUUUCAACCGACUCGACUUGCCACCAUAUGAAAGUUAUAUGCAGCUGAAGGAGCGACUCAUUCAGGCUGUGGAAGGAAGCCAAGGUUUCGCGGGCGUUGACUAGGAACGGUACAUCGGAUAUUGUGCUAGCCAAUGGUUGGUGGUGGCCGCAUGCGAAUCAAGCGACGCGAAUCAAACACGCACGCCGUCCAGUAGGUCAUCAACAACAUCCGGCAAACACACACAUCUAAAAACAAUUCAACCCACACACACACACACACACACCCAUGGACGGUUUCGUUCGGUCCAUGUCGUCGUCCUUUGCUAUGCCCAGUGCUCUCUUCCGUGUGGUUUGCCUGAGGAGUCUAGGGAUGAGGCAGGGACGGCUCAUGACAAUCAGUACAGAUGCAGGUGUGGUUAGUUAGGUUAGCGUAUUAGCAUAGCUAGGAUAGAUAGGAAGACGGUUGAACAGUACCCUUCCCUUUUGUGGGUCAUUGGUUGGACGUGCUUAGGAAUGAAGGAAGGCCGACAGCAAACGGUGUAACAUUAUAGCCGGCUAUUGAAACUUAAACAAAGUGAUAUUUGAUACCAGCUGCCAAAAAAAAAAACAUUAUUCUGAAGAUGCAACAAAUGCAAUCCCGCACGCGCGUAACACGAAACAUCACUUCAUCCCGUGGUUCCACGCUGUACCUAUUUGUAGACACCAAACAUGCAGCUACUUUUGCUGAGGGAUACUAUGCGUAGGAUGUUGUAAAAUCCGUUCGUGUAACUAAACAAAACUCCAAAGAUAAAAUAUCGCCCAUUUUUUGCAACCAUUAACACUAGCGGCUAGAGGACUGAAUAAGAAGAAGAAAAAAAAAUGCUUACCUCCUUCAUUUAAUUAAGUCGUUAGUAUAAAGCGAAAUAAGCAAAAUUAAAUAUUUAUCUGCAAUGCUAGCUAUAUAUAGAUAUCAGCUCUUAAUUUUUAGCAAUUCAGAAAUUGGAGGAAACAUCGCUUCAAUGAAACAAGGCGCGAAAGUGGGAAAGAGAAUGAUCGGUAGAUGAAAAGGGAAAUAAUUUAUCUAGGGUUACCCCUAUUGUCAGUGAUUGAAUAAAGAUGCGGGCUAAACAAUGGCAAGCAAGUGGAAUAAUAAAAACAAACAGGAUUCACUACAACUCGCUACUGCAUCACUGGAAGCAAAGCUGAGGCGCUCGUUUUUGGGGGUAAUCGACUAAAUUCUAAAUUUACUGACUUAAAGUCGCCGUAGUGAAUGUUAUUGAAUGAUUUGGAGAUAAUAAGGGAUAACCAAAACGCCUAAACGAAAAGUAUGUAGAUGAAAUUGAACCUAACCGUAUAGAAAGAAAAAAAAAUACGUCUAAACACUUUAAUGCAAAUGCUAAAAACAAUGGUUAAUAUGAAAUGAUUAAAACAAAUACGCAGAAAGUCGAACACACUAACAUGUUAAUGAUGCUAUUAAUGCUAUUUUAAAACUGAAAAAAAAACAAGAAAAUGUUACAAAGAAAAUAGAGACGAAUGACACGAGAAGCAUUAAAAAAAAAAACAAACAAACAAACAAAGGCUGUUAAAUGUGUGAGCGUCCCACGUGGAGCGAUUGUGGCGGUGUUGUUUUUUUUAAACAAUUCCGUUUUAGCUCCACUCUUAUACCUUCCCCGCUCGUUCUUCAGCAACUUUCCUGCUUUACUCGUGUUAAUUAAUUAUUGCCGUUGUGGAUUACCGUAUAAGUAAAAUAUAACAAAUCGUAUCUAAUCCUGCUGGAUUAACAAAAAUGAAAUGGAUACGGAGAGAGAGAGAGAGAGAGAGAGAGAGAGAGAGAGAGAGAGAAGGGAGCGAGAGAGAAAGAGAGAAAGAGAGAAUAGGGAAGAAUAGUGAAACGAAUAUUUAUAUACGAAGAAGCCACCCAAGCAUUGCGGCAACGGGCUUCUGCUGCCAAGGCCAGAGGCUUAUGAAGCUAUCUAUUGAUUCUGUGCUAGUGAACUGCUGUUUGUCUGAGACAUGAUAUGAAAAUCAAACAAAAAAGACAAACAACCACAAGGGAUCGAGGGAUAGCGAAUUAUUGCGCGCUUAUGUAUAUGUGUUACAAUUAGCGGUUAGGUGUGGCCUGUUCGAAUGCGGUACGUUGAAACGAGAACCCAGUUGAGAUCUUAUUAAUGGUUCAGUUAAUUUGUAUGUUAGAGUUUAAUGAAACCGUUUUAAAUAAAACCGAAACAUAUGACACGUAACAGAAUG